UUUGAGACCUUUUUGAGUCACCACCCAUCCUUUCCUCCAUCGGACUUCCAGCAAACAUCUGUCGAUAACCAUCGUCUAGCCAUGGCUCUUCCCAACCUCAGGUCCAUCUUCGCAUCAUCGCGCACUUCAGAAGAAGAGCGACAGCUCUCUCGCACGACUUUUUACAAAUUUACCGCUUUCGUCGGGGCUUGUCUGGUGAUCUCCCUGUUGGCUGCUCGUAACUCUGGAAGAGAUCUUCGAGGGACAGCAAGGGGUGUUGUGGGCAUGGUCUCUGGAACGCCCGGUAAACUUGUGUGAACAAAAAAAAAAAAGAGGCACCAUUUCAGAGAGGAAUGGGUUUACAGCCCUCGGCUGGCUCUAUUAUAAGAAACCAUUUUUGGAGACGUUUUCAUGGUACCGCCUGUACAAAGCACAGCGCCCAUGUCGUCAAGUAUGGCCAAUGUGAUUUGACAUCCCUUGGUACAACUAGUUGAUCUUAUGUUUCCUCCAAGAUUCUGGAGGUGUAAAGGGUAUAGAUAAAUGUAUGUACUUUACGAUACCUAUAACGUUUUAAGAUAGCAUUGUAAGAUUCUAGGCUAUGGUAUAUCUGCAUUAGGGUCCACAUAGUCAAUCGCCGUUCUCGUCCCAUUUUUAUUUUGUAGAUGGACAAUACGCCAAGAGGAACAAUUCGCAGAGAGCAGCGGUGAUGGCAGGGAAAAGUAGCUUCAGG